AUGGAAGCAGUCGGUAAGCGGAACGUGAAAAUGGAGCAAGUGACAGAGAGAGAAGACAACUCUGAUAAGUUAAAGAAGAAGAAGAAAAAAAAAACAAAAGUUAAAAUUUGUGAAGCCAUUAUAUGUAAAAGGAGCCAGGGGGAGGACCCUGGAAAGGCUGAAGAAAAGUCUUCUAGAACGAAUGAAGUCGAAACUAUGGGAACGGCCGCGAAAAAGGGCCCAAAGGUUCAGAACGCCGAGCUAGGCAAGUCGAAAGAAGGGAAGACGAAGGGAGCCAAAUGGACAGAGGACAAGGCGAAACAGACGGAACUGAAAAGGGUGCAGGCAAAAGGUGAUCAUUCCCAAAGCGAUCAAUCCGAUGGGGAUCGAUUCAAAAGGGAGCACCGACAAAAUACGCAAUGGAAGACAGCGGGGGUCGGGUCUACCCUUAAAAAGGUGGCUGAGGAGCCCCGUGAGGGCUAUCCUGGGGCUGUUAUUCCUCUGGUGAAGCGUAAAGGGGGGAGCAGUCAGUUAGAUGUGGACACAGGUGCUAGGGGAAAAGGUAACAAGGGAAAAGGUGAGAAACGCAAAAGAGACAAGCACAAAAAAAGGGAUAUAAAAAUAGAGGCGCACAAAAAUGAGAAACGCGAAGGAGAUCCCCCAGUGUGUGAACUGCUACACGGAUCGGAGGACGCGUCCUCGCUUUCCUGCACAGAAUCAUCCACAGUGUCGCUGGCCUCAGGCACGUCAGACAACUCCAGCCUCUACUGGGACGAAGACAGCCUCAUUGAAAUAUGCAUUGGACAAGCAAAGCUAAACAGCCAAAAGACAGACUGCUCCCAUUACGAACACGCAUUUUGUGUGUCCUAUUUUGUAUAUGAAGACCCCUUAGAAAUUUUCAGCCUAUUUCAGGGAGUAAGUUGGCUGCCAGAAUUGAGAAACAGAUGUACCUCCCUAAACAGAAUCGAGUUUAAGCCAAAGAAAAACACCAAAAAGCUUUACUCCUCUGCAUAUGUAAAUAUAAAUCAGUGUGUGCAUUUAAGGAGGAGAUACAAUGAGGUUAUAAAUAUUGUGGACGAUGGGAUCGCCUACGUUUUUAUUUCAAUCAUUGGGGUCAAUUUGAAGGAGUACGAAAAAUUUUAUCAGAGUAAAUAUGGCGCCAUGAAUGGAGGUACAAACUGUGCAGACAAUUCCUACAUUAGAAGCGAUGCUGCUAAUUCGAUAAACCGAUUUGAUCCCCCGUGGGGGAUGACUACCAACAUGGGUGAAGCGUAUCAAAGGGGUGUUGAGGAUAUCCCAUUUGUGAAAAACCUCGUGGAGAAAUACAAAAAGGAAAUGGAAUUAGAAUUGGACUUUAGGGGCGAGAAAAAAAUUAUCACAGAGAGGAAUUACAAAAAAUUUCUUCACAUCUUAGGUUCCUGUAUUGUUCCUAUAAAAGUGUGUAAUGAAGGAGAAACAAUGAGCGUUGAAAAUGUGUACACGAGAGAUAGCUACAAUGUUUACCCUCAUGAAGUCAUUAGAGCUGUCUUGUAUAACUACCUAGACCUGUUCAGAAAAAACAAAAAGGUAAAUUUGUUUCAUCUCAUUAGUAAGCAUGAACACGAGUUAUUACCACUAGGUCGCCUCAACCUUGAGAGCAAAAAAGUGAAAAAGGAUGCAUCCCCCCCCGGUAAUCUCCUCCAAGAAGAGGAUAUACUACACCACCUGAGCGAUGAAAACAGUGAUGCACAUAAUAUUGUAAAGAAAAUUUUUAAAUACAUUACGUUAAGGAGAACGAGUGAAGGACAAGAAAAUGACACCCUUGAAAAAAAAAUAAAAAAUUUGUGUUCCUACUUAGAUGUAGAAUUAAAUAAAAGAGAUCCCAAAUACAUGAACCGGUCCUUUUCGUAUAUUGAAAAAUGUCUGCAAAAAAUGGAUAAUAUGAAAGAACAAGAAAAAUUUAAUAAAAAAAUUAGGAAAAAAUUAUUUAAAAUGUUAGGAUUAUCAAAGAGGAAAUUCCCUAACGGAUUCUAUUCUUCUAGAUGGAAAAUUUUACAAGUGCCUUGCUCACAUCUAAUUGUUUUUGUUCACUGUGUGUCUAACAUUACUCUGAAGUUGAGCUCUUUAAAAAAAUUUAUUGACGUAAACCUCUUCCAUGGGAUAAUAUUUUGGGAGGAAGAGGGGAACAGUCUGCAUAACCUUCAAAAUGUAAAGGACAGAAAAAGGAGGACCAUCAAAUUGACAUCGCGGAAUGGGAUCCAGGCUGACUACUACUUCCCCACGGAAUGUGAGGAGCGGGGUGACAAAGUGGAGGGAGGAAAAAAGGAAGUCGUUUGUUUGAAGCUUAAUUUCAACAGCCCAGUCAUCCUGCCUUACAACCACAACGCGCCCUCCUGUCGACUAAACUUUGUCCUUUUGCACAACGGCACUCCGCUGUUUACCUUGGCAGGAAGCGGUGUAAGCGGUGGAAGCGGAUGCAGGGAGGACACCUGCAACGAGGACGACGUCCGCUACGACAAUUGCGGAUACGCCAUAAAUGACAACGUCCCGUUUAACGAAGGGGAUAAGGUAAACAGGAGCCUCCAAAUUCACCCGCAUUAUCUGAAAACGAACGGGCACGACCCCUUCACAGAAAAUUCCAGACCCUUUGUUGAACUCUCCUUCUACACACACCCAAAGAAUAGCACAUUUGUCCCUGCAGACAAGUAUAAUCUGCUUUACAAAAAUAAAAUGAACAGCAACUUGGGCGAAGACAUCGCUCUCUCCUCCUAUUCAGCUCCUAAUUUUGGAAGAGACAAAUUGGUUUUUCACUUUUUUGAUGAUUUUGCAGAUGACCUACGUGUGGUGAAAGCAGACCAGAGGAGUUAUUUUAAAAGUUACUUCUUCGUGCCCGUUAUGGGGCGCCAAGUGCAAGAGGGAUCUGCAGGGGAAAAGCGCGAUGACGCUCCAUAUAGGGAUGCCCCUGUGAGCGGUGACCUCAUGCACGAUCAACGUGGGGCCUCCCCGAGGGAUGCUUCCAUCCAGGUAGUCCACUUCGCCGUGGCAGAGGGAGGGGGACUCCAGGGGGGGGAAAUAAACAAAUGGCACUCCUUCUACGUACACACAAAAGAUUACAAAAAAAGGAAUGUAUAUGGAGGAGAGCAUGUUCAAAUUAGGAUACAAAUUGAACCGAUCGGUUAUCUUCUAUUAGACUAUGCUGCUGACCCUUGUGGAAACGUGGAGGUACAUAAAAACACCUUAAGUUGCUAUGCACCUAAUAAGGGGCUGAUUGGUCGUGAUGAAUUCUGCUUCAACUCCUUUAGUGAGAUCCAUGAACUGGUCGCUUACAAGGUGGAGGAUUUAAAGAAUGGCACUUACGAGGUGACGUACCAGGUGCACAAAGUGGGAAGGAAGCUGCUCUACAUCUUCUGCGACGGGAUCGAUGUGAUUGGUUCUCCAUACGAAAUAAAGGCUACCCCUUCGGGCGCAGAUCCCAAGUCGUGCAAAAUUUUGGGCAAGGGGGCCACCCAGUGUCUGGCCACCCCCGUUCUGGACCUGUGCAGUGGGCCCUGGGUGGAUGGCCCUUUGGGCAAGGGGCAAUACGACAAUAGGGGGGAGCGGCGAGAGGUCAACUGGGGUGUCACCCUGAACGGAGGCCUAGCUGUUGACCACGGUGUUAACCAGUCUGUUAAGCAGUGUGCCGGCGUGGAUGAUCCUAUAGGCGUUCCCCUCACCCCGACCGAUACCAAGGCGGGUCUGGCGGCAAGUGAGGGCCAUCACGAUGGAGCUGCUCCAGAGGAGAAUUUCCAGAAAGGACUUCACGCUGAAGCGUCCGCGGGGGGGGUUCACCCAGCAGUAGUACACCCUCGAGAACACCCAGUGGAAGACAGUCCAAGGGACACUCAUCCCAGUUCCACGGCUUCAGCGACCGGUGCUGCCCCCCAUGGCGAAAACGAAUUCCACAUCAUCUCCGUAACGAAGCGGGAAGUGAGCACCGACCUGGGGGUGGGCAAAACGGAAGAGGUGUCAGGUCCGUGUGCACCCGAAGAAGCGGUAAGCAGUAGAGCGUCAACGAAGAGGAUCCCCUACUGCAGUGACGAAGCGAACAAGAUUUUUUCUGAGCCAAAAUAUUACGACGAAAUAAAAGGAGGGAACAUGACCAAGAUGGACAAGACAAACAAGAAGAGGUUUGCUGAACUACUGCAAGAAGCCGAAAUAAUAAACACCUUCACAAUAAUACUUUGUGAUAAAAAUGGAGUAAAGCUAAGUAUAGGAAACGACAACGUAAAAGUGGUGGGAAAAAAUGGCGCACAGAUCAAACGAGUCGUGGAUAACCAUGAUGGGAGUUACACAGUUGAGUAUGUCGCUCAUUUUAAAAGAGAGCAGAAAAUGGAAAAGCUGUUUGAUGAUGAAGACAUAAAACAAGUGCAAAAUUUUUAUGAAGAAUUACUCAUAAACUGUAGUAGGAAGCAUAACGAUAAGUAUAUCAUUGACAAUUUUCAAAGGAAGUUUCCUCCAUCCAUUCCAAUAUUCUGCCAAAUGCAUGUCUACGUAAAUGAAGUGGAAACGUUUGGGUCACCAUUAAAACCCAUUAUUAUGAACAUACCACAGAUUCUCCACUUUUUCAAUUUAUAUUUUCAGUUUACCUACUCAGGGUUGUUACUAAAAAGUUUUGAAUUUUUACUAAACUGUAAUGAUUACGAGGGGUGUAUGAACAAUCUUUCUUCAUUUUAUUCAACUCUAAACAGAUCUGUAUCGACGCGAGUAAUUAAUGAGAAAGUCAAAGGGGGAAACGACUUCUUCUUUCAAAUUCCGCUGAAUGUUGGCGACUUGAGGGAGGGGGCCUUUACGGGUGAUAUCCCCCCCCAUGGGCAUACGAGGUGUGGGGAACAUGUAAAUUGUGGAGUGGAGAAUUAUACAAAAGUCAGCACACCACAUGGAAGAACAGUUCCUGAACAUAACGAAUAUGCAUUUGUGAAUGAGUGGCUCCACAUGCACAUGCAAAAAUGCAAGUUGUCCCAAACAGAUGCCAAGUAUGACCUGGGCAUGAACCUAGCCUAUUCUCUAAGUAAUAUCAUUUUGCAACAUUUGAUAUAUUUGAAAAAGUACAAGUUUUUUAUAAACUCCAAGCAGUAUGAAAAUGGCUUGCUGCAGAAUAACAUACUUACGCAGUUCAGGAAAUUACUGGAGGAGGAGUACAGCAAAAUGUUUGCCUACCAAACGAAUAACAUUAUAGCCUAUUGCAACAAAAUUGGGAACGUUAAAUUUAGCGGCUUGGAAGAAUUAAUAAAGGUAUACAAAGGUAUAGCAUUUGAGCUCAGGAAGUUAAAGAAGAAUGAUCUGGCGGACGAAUUCGAUAAGUGCUGUGAACACAUGUGUCAGGAAUUGUAUCUUAACAAUAUUGAAUCGAGUCUACUUAGGAAGGAAGCCACGCUGAACAAGUAUGAACAAGUCAUUGAAGAGAAAAUGGAGAAAGUGAACCAAAUCAAGGAGAAGAUUAAAAAGUAUGCAGAAAAAGAGGUAGACAUGGACAGAAUAUCUAAACUGUGCAGCGUCAAAAGGGAUAAAGCCAUUCAGACCAACGACUACCUGUCCAUGUCGCACAAGAAUAGUUUCUUAAGUGCUCUUAUUGAAUCGAGGACAGAUGAACCCUCAGCAGGGGGAGCCCAAAUGCAGAAUACACAACCAAACGAGUUGCAGAUGGAGGAAACACAAAUCAGGAAUAUGGUCAGGAAAUAUUGGAGAAACGCAUCCACAUAUGACAUAUUUGUAAGUAUAAAAAAAACCAUGAACAAUUGCCCACGACUUAAAAUUUCUCUCGACGAAACUUUUAACUACUACAGCUGUAGUGUAAAGAAGGACAAUAAAAUGAAGGACUUUCAAAUUAAAAAAAUGCAAGAAAUAAAAAUGGUGGAAAAUCUAGACAAUUUAAAAAUGAUGGAUUUAAAUGAAGACAAUAAUAACCUACUCUCACACAACGACUUGAAUACCUUCCACCUGACAUACAACGCUUAUGUAGCUCUCCUAAUCGAUUUGCGAUGCAACAAAUAUUUUAUUAAAGAUUUGGAGAAUGUCCUUUGGCUGUUCGAAAAAUUUUCAAUCCAGCAUCAUUCCUUUCGUAACCUUUACAACCCCUAUGGCUUUUUAAGAGUAAUUCCAAAGUAUCUCUUUAUCGCCUUUGUUAGAGAAUUGUCCUACUUGAAUAUGCUUUAUGUCAUUUCUGAAUGUGUGGUCAUGAAUAAGGAGGACGAGAAAAUAUUCCUCAACACCAAUCACCCCUCUCGACUCUCCUCAUUUCAUCAUUUUGUCAAAUACCAUUUUGUUCCCUUUUACGAGGAACUUAGCUUGGAACCCAAUUUUCAGAAUUUUAAACAAAAUUUAAUUGAACAUAAUGAGGAAGAGGUCGACCCGGAUAGCACCAGAGACACAUGCUCCUCUGCUGGUGGAGUCAUCACCACCCCACAUGUACAUAUCAACCUCCUGGACUUGGAGACCUACUUCAACGACGAGUUGCCUGUCCUCGUUCGGCACAGGAACUUCGAGAAGACCUUCCCCCUUCUGUUUGAUUACUACUCGGGGCUGUCUUCCCCGCGUGGCGGUGCACCACUGAAGGAGCGCGAUGGGGCAGUUACUCAGGGGGAAGUCGUGCAGGGCGAGGCCAUCUCCAACGCUGCCAGCAUUGCUAACGCCGCCAAGGUCGACAAGGUCGAUAAGGUGCCCACGGUUGAUAAGCUCGAUAACCACGUGGGCAAAGGCGACACAGCGCCAUGUCCCGAGAAGCACGUCUCCAUCACCAUCUUCAUUCGAUUUCUGCGCGAGUUUGGCAUCAUCCCGCACUUCUUCAGCAACCAAAUGGCCAUACGGACACUGCAAGCCUUCAUGCAAAAGAAGGAGAAAAAGAAAUUAAACUACGAGGACUUCUCCCAUGCCAUCAUUAUGUCAAUAUGUGAAUGCGUGAAAAAAAAUAUCCUCACCCAAUACAACAUGCUCAAGGUGAAUAAUCAGCUGAACUCCAAAAUUCAGACGGAGAAAAUUUUGAAUCCAAGUUAUAUUCAAUACGAGGCCAAGGAGUUGAUCUACCUCUUCGGCUUCGCUGAUAUGCAGCUGGUGCGGUCGAAGUUGGCCGGGUAG